AACCAACUGAGCAAUCGGCUGAUAAACCAGCUUUCUCUUUUGGAGCAAAGAGUUCAGACGCUCCUGCAAACGAUAAACCUGCCUUUUCAUUUGCUGUUAAGGCUGAUCAAAAGCCAGCUGAGAAGCCAUCUUUUUCAUUUGGAGCAAAACCUGCUUCAGUGGAGCCUCAAGGCUCUGUUACUGAAAAAGCUGGCUUUUCCUUCAGCUCAAAGCCUGAGUCUACAGGAUCUGCCCAACCAGUGCCAGAAAAACCAGCUUUUUCAUUUGGUGAUAAACCUACUGAUAAGCCUACAUUUUCAUUUGGUACCAAUACAGAUAAACCAACUUUUUCGUUUGGUUCUUCUGAAGCAAAACCUGCUGAAAAACCUGCCUUCUCGUUCAAUUCUCAACCAACUGAUAAGCCCGCAUUUUCCUUCGGAGGAAAUAGUAACGCUGAUUCCAGUGAUAAACCAGCAUUUUCAUUUGGGUCCAGUGCAAGUAAACCAGCAUUUUCGUUUGGAUCCAGUAACACAGAACAAAAAUCAGAUAAACCAGCUUUUUCAUUUGGUGGAUCCUCAGCCUCGACAUUUCAAUUCGGCACCCAACCUCAAAACAAGGACAAUGCAACCGAAUCUACCCCAUCUGAAGAGCAGGUAGAAGAAUCUGAACCAAAAGGUAACUUCACACCAGUUGUCCAAUUGACCGAGAAAGUUGAAAGCAAUACUGGUGAAGAGAAUGAAGGUGUCGAGUAUACCAAAAGAGCCAAAAUCAUGUUGUUUGAAAAGGAAAAGAACCCACCCUAUACUACCAAAGGGGUUGGAGAGUUGAAAUUGUUGAAGAAUAGUGAAACUGGGAAGAGUAGAAUUUUAGUUCGUGCUGAUGGUGGGUUGAGGGUUUUGCUUAACCUGGGUAUCCAAGGAAAUUUUCAAUAUGAAACGAUAAGUGAUGGGUUAGUAAGAUUCCCUGUGAUUAAUAGUGAUCAAAAAUUGGAUACAUUUGUCAUUAAGGUUAAGACCAAAGAUGACGGAGAACAAUUGGUUGCUAAACUCAAUGAGUUGAAGAAUUAGAAGUGUAAUAUGUAUGUACAAUAGAAUCCUUAAGCCGAGCACCGUCAACCACGUUCGUAUAUCUUUGUUGAAAAGAAGGGACAUUGAUGCCUAUUGUGUCUCUUCCCACUGAAUAAAGCUGCUAUUAGUCUGUUUGAGUGCUUGAAAUUUAGAGUUUGUAGUUAGAUUCUUGGUUUAGGGCUUACUUUUAUUAAAGUUCAAGAUAGUAUACUAGGACGGUGAGUAACACAGUAUAGUUGUGUAACACAGUAUAGUUGUACCAUGAUUCUAUAAUCGAGCAUUCCAAUCAAAUGGUAACCACCAUAUGUCCACUAAUGAAAGGAUCUUGGCAUGCUACCUACAUAAUAUUCAGCAUAACAGCUAUAUUAUGUUUAAUCUUCGAGCCCUCUUCACUUAUAUAGGUAGCAGGAUGUAUAUCUGGAAACUUUUGUUAAGUCUAGCUUUAGUUUGCUAUUUGUUUUCGUUAAAGAUCAAGGAUCACAUUGUGAAUAGCUUAGAGGAUGCCAUCAAGGAAUUAGAAGGUUGUUUCAAUAUGAUCAAAUAAUGGGCGUGGGUUCAAACACACUUGAAAAACAUGAAAAUGGUAAAGGAUGAUGAGGAGGAAGAC